AUGGGGGUGUGGCCAGAAUCUUCAAGUUUCAAUGAUGAAGGAAUGGAACCAGUUCCAAAGUCAUGGAAAGGAAUUUGCCAAGAAGGUGUUGCCUUCAAUGCCUCCCAUUGCAACAGGAAGUUAAUUGGAGCGCGAUACUAUUUAAAAGGUUACGAGGUGUACUAUGGUCCUCUUAACGAGACAAGGGACUUUCGAUCACCGAGAGAUGUAGACGGUCAUGGCACUCACACAGCAGGCACGGUGGGUGGUAGAAGAGUCGCAAAUGCAUCAGCAAUUGGUGGAUUUGCAAAGGGUACAGCUACUGGAGGUGCCCCCAAUGUUCGACUUGCCAUCUAUAAAGUAUGUUGGCCAGUUCCAGAUCAGAGUUUAGCUGAGGGAAAUACAUGCCUUCAAGAUGACACUCUUGCUGCUUUUGAUGAUGCCAUAGCUGAUGGGGUUCAUGUACUUAGUAUUUCUCUGGGGUUUCAAUCUGAAACAUAUUACACAGAGGAUCCUAUUGCAAUUGGAUCUUUGCAUGCUGUGAAGAGAAAUAUUGUAGUAUCUUGUAGUGCUGGAAAUGAUGGUCCAACACCUUCAACUGUUGCAAAUGUAGCGCCAUGGAUUAUCACAGUUGGUGCUAGUAACAUCGAUAGAGUGUUUUCAGCUCCAAUUCUUCUCGGAAAUGGAAUGAUCGUCGAGGGACAAACAGUAACUCCAAUAAGGAGGAGGAGAUUGCAUCCUUUGGUUUAUGCAGGAUAUGUAGAAAUUAGAGGAACUACGGCAAGCAAUACAACAGGAGCAUGUCUUCCUGGUACACUAUCAAGAAAACUUGUCAGAGGAAAAGUUGUCCUCUGCAUAAAUAGUGAUAUACAGGCAUCAAUGGAAGUGAAAAGAGCUGGAGGUGUUGCCGCUAUUUUAGGAAAUUCAUUUAGCGAGAUACAAGUCACCCCUUUUCUGAAUCCCGCAACAGUUACUUUUUUAGAUGGCCUAAAUACACUCCUGACAUAUAUACUGACCGAAAAACAUCCAACGGCAACACUUGUUCCGGGAAAUACAAUGAUUGGCACCAAGCCAGCACCUGUCAUGGCACCUUUCAGUUCCAAAGGACCAAAUGUUGUUGAUCCCAACAUUCUCAAGCCAGAUAUAACUGCUCCUGGAUUUAACAUACUAGCAGCGUGGAGCGAGGCAUCAUCUCCCCUGAAUAUGCCAGAAGAUCAUCGGGUUGUGAAGUACAACAUAGUGUCUGGAACAUCCAUGUCUUGCCCACAUGUUUCAGCUGUAAUUGCACUCUUAAAAUCAAUUCAUCCAGAUUGGAGUAGUGCUGCAAUCAGAUCUGCUCUAAUGACCACAUCAACAAUUAAUAAUGCGGUUGGUAGGCCAAUAAAAAAUGCCACUGGGGAUGAUGCAAACCCCUUCGAAUACGGAUCAGGACAUUUCAGGCCAUCAAGAGCAGCAGAUCCUGGACUCAUUUAUGAUGCUACAUAUACAGAUUAUCUUCUCUAUCUCUGUAGUCAAAACAUAAGGCAAGUUUCAUCGUACAAUUGUCCUGACAAAGUACCUGCGGCGAGUAACCUUAACUACCCAUCACUUGCAAUAGCAAACAUGAGAGGAUCCAGCAGGACUGUCACAAGAGUUGUUACAAAUGUUGGAAAAGACAACUCGACCUACAUUUUAGCGGUGAGUUCACCUCCUGGAUAUAUUGUUGAUAUUGUUCCCAAAAUCUUACGCUUCAGCAAAUUGGGAGAGAAACACAACUUCAACAUAACAGUUACAGCGCAAAGUAGUAUUGAAAGUAGAAAUGAGUUCUCGUUUGGUUGGUACACAUGGAGUGAUGGAGUCCAUAUGGUCCGAAGCCCCAUUGCGGUAUCAUCAUCAGCAUAACUUCCACUAUCGUGUAACUAGAGUAGGUUGUUGUGAAAUUUCAAACUAAUUUCUUGCUCAUGGAGAUAAA